UUAGCGCGAUUCGCAAAGGCUCGUAAUCAGUUGGAUUUCUUCCAGAAGGCCGCAGCCGUCAAGCUGUCUCUUGUUUGCUCCUCGCAUUGCCUUUGAAGGAUGCGGGCGAGAGCAGGCCGGGUUACGGAUCUUGUGUUCUUCCGUGUCCUCGCUCCGUUUUGCCACGUAGGGACCGAUCUUUCUGUUUCCAAGAUGCUUCCAAGGCUGAUCCUGAGCCUCGUUUUCUUCCUGGGCGUCGUUCCGUCCACGGCACGGGAAUCCCGCGGCCACAUCUCUGUGGUGCUUUUAGGCGCCACCGGAGACCUGGCCAAGAAGUAUUUAUGGCAGGGCCUCUUCCAGCUUUACCUGGAUGAGGUGAGCAACGGGCACACCUUCACCUUCCACGGGGCAGCCCAGGCCGAUCUCGAAAAGGGCCGGCAGCUGAUGUACGGGCACCUGAAGAACCUGGCGUGCCCUCUGGACGUCCCUCCCGACCGCUGCGCCAUGCUCAAGGACCAGUUCCUCCGCCUGACGGAAUACCGCCAGCUCAAGGCGGAGGAGGACUACGCGUCCCUCAACCGGGAGAUCCAAACCGUCCUGGAUCAGGAGGGCCUGGAGGAAGUGGGGCGGAUCUUCUACUUCUCGGUGCCGCCGUUCGCCUACGGGGAGAUUGCCCGGCAUAUCAACAGUAGCUGCCGUCCACCGGCUCGGGCCUGGCUUCGGGUCGUCCUGGAGAAACCUUUUGGGCAGGAUCUCCAGUCCGCCCAGCAGCUGGCCGAGGAGUUGAAGACCUUCUUCAAAGAGGAAGAGGUCUACAGGGUGGACCACUACCUGGGCAAGCAGACGGUGGCCCAUAUCUUGCCAUUCCGAGACCAGAACCGAAAAUAUCUGGACCCGAUCUGGAACCGGCACCACGUGGAAAGAGUGGAGAUUGUCCUGAAGGAAACCGUGGAUGUGAAAAACCGCACCGGCUUCUAUGAAGAAUAUGGUGUGAUCCGUGACGUUCUCCAGAACCACCUGACCGAGGUCUUGAUGCUUCUCGCCAUGGAGUUGCCGGCGAACGUGAGCCAUUCUGAGGACGUUCUCCGGAGCAAGCUUCAGACUUUUGCUUCCUUGCAAGGCCUGGAGAGGAGCAGCGUUGUACUCGGUCAAUAUGAAGCAUACAACAGCCACGUCCGGGAGGAGCUUCAGAAGGGACAGGACUAUUUCAGCAGGACGCCCACCUUUGCAGGAGUGCUGGUUCACCUGGACAACCUCCGCUGGGAAGGCGUGCCCUUCAUCCUCACCUCUGGCAAAGUCCUGGACGAACGGGUUGGUUACGUCCGAGUCGUGUUCAAAAACCGUGCCUAUUGCGCCCAACACGAAUCGACCUGGGACGCCAAAGAGAGCCAGUGCAAGCCGAAGCAGCUCAUCUUCUACAUCGGACACGGAGAAUUGAAUUCCCCCGCGAUUCUCGUGAGUCGCAACCUUUUCAAGCCCACCAUGCCGCAAGGCACAUGGAAGGAGCUCCUCGAUCGCCCGCAGGCGCGUCUUUUCGGACAGUCCGUAUCCGACUACUACGCCUACAUUCCCGUAGCGGACUUAGACGCCUACGCAGUCCUCAUCUCGCAUAUUUAUCACGGCAAGAAGGAAUCCUUCGUGACGACGGAGAAUCUGCUGGCCGCGUGGGGGUUCUGGACUCGGUUGCUGACCGACUGGGAGAACGAAGCCCCGCGCGUGUACCCCGGCGGACGGGAAAACGGGCACCUCUUGGAUUUCGAGAUCGUCGGCGGAGAAGUGUCCUUUGUGAUGAAGGAGACCCUCGAGGUGAUGAUGGACGCCAGGAAUGGGCAAACGCCGGACCAAUACAAGACCAUCCAGUCCAGAUUUCGGCAGAGCCGCCUGAUCACCGCCUGGUCGGAGGAACUCAUCGCCCACUUGGCCGCGGAUAUUGAAAAGGUGGCCGUCAGCGCCGUUGGGCGGUCGGGUUCAUUCCAUGUGGCCUUCUCGGGAGGAUCUAGUCCUCUUGCCCUCUUCAAACAGUUGGUGUUGCAUCAUUACGGCUUCCCCUGGCGCCACACUCACCUCUGGUUGGUGGACGAGCGUUGCGUCCCGCUCGACGACCCAGAAUCCAAUUUCGGCAACUUGUACGAGCAUCUCAUCCGCCACGUCCGGGUGCCUUAUUUCAACGUCCAUCCGAUGCCCGUGCACCUCAACCGGCGGCUCUGCGUGGAGGAGGAUAAAGGUCCGGAGCUGUACGCCAACGAGAUUGUUGCCCUGGUUGCCAACACCAGCUUUGACUUGGUCCUCCUUGGAUUGGGAGCGGACGGUCACACGGCCUCCCUUUUCCCGCAUGCUUCGGUCGGCUUGGAAGGAAGCCAGGAGGUGAUCUUCACCGAGAGCCCCGUGAAGCCCCACCAGCGCAUGACCUUCGCCCUGCCGUUCAUCAACAAGGCCAAGCGGGUGUGGGUGCUGGUCAUGGGCAAGGGCAAGCAUGACAUCGUGACGGUGGUCAGCAGGGCUGGGAACGAGCCCAAGAAGUGGCCCAUUUCUGGGGUGAACCCCAUCUCUGGGCAGAUCGCCUGGUACGUGGACUAUGAGGCUUUGCUUGGAUGAUUGGGUGGCUUCCACCUCCCUGUCCGUCCAGAAUCUCUGUCUGAGCAAGAGUGCAUCUACACUGUAGACUCAAUGCCGUUUGACACCACUUUAGCUGCCAUGGAAUUGUGGGAGUGCUGGUGACACACAAAAUACAACUCCGUUGAGUCUUGGUAGUUGAAAUGGUGUCAACCUGCAUUAAUUCUACAGAACAGAUCCGGUAUGGGCAAACCCAGGCCUGGGGGCCAAAUGUGGCCCCUUGGGCUCUUUUCUCAGGCCCUCUGCUCUCUCUCACCAUCCUUUCCUUCCUUCCUUCCUUCCCUUCUCUUUCCUUCCCUCCCUCUUUCUCCUUCCUUUCUUCCCUCUUGCCUUUCAUUCCUUCUCUCUUUCCUUUAUCCUUCCCUUCUUUCCUUCCCUUCCACCCUUCCUUCUUCGCUUUUGUCUUUCCUCCCUUCCCUCUUUCCUCUCUCCUUCCCUUCCUCCCUUUCUUCUUCCUUCCUUCCCUUUG